AUGGCUGAAUCCCUAUCAAUUGAAGAAACAAAUGCUUUGCGCGAAAAAUUGGGACUUCCUCCUUUAGCGGCUGAUGAUGAUGCUGACGAAGUCGCUGAUCCCGAUCAAGUUGCCUACGAAAACUAUCAAAAGUUGAAAGAAGAAAAAGAAAAAGCAGCAAAGGAAGAAGAGAUAAAAAAGAAUAUUGAAAAGGCGAAAAACAGAAAACGUAACUUAGCUAAGCUUCAAGGUAAAGGUUUGGGGGAAGCAGAUGAUGAAGAAGACGACAGCGCUCUCAAUUGGAUUAGAAAAAGCAGAAAAAUAGAAAAGGACCUGGCAGCACGUCGAGCUAAAGAAUUAGAAGACAUGGAUAACACUUAUCAAAAAUACGACGCAAAUCAACUUGCUGGGCUUAAGGUUAGUCAUGCUCUUUCCGAAUUUGAAGAAGGAGGUGAAACCAUUUUAACGUUAAAAGAUCGUGGCAUUCUUGAAGAAAACGACGAAGAAAUGGUUGAGCUCAGUAAUGUCGAACUGGAGGACCGUCAACGUUUAAAGAAAAACUUGGAAGCAAAAAAGCAAAAACCGGGCUAUAACCCAUAUGACGAUGAUCAAUUCAGCGGAAAGAAGCCCAGCAUUCUACCUCAAUAUGAGGAGAACGAAGAAGAGAAAGGGUUCGUGAUUGGACAGUCAGGUGUUGUCAAGCCUGUUCAGCAAGAGGCAGACGAGAAAUCCGUUGCUGAGAAAUUAAAAGAACAAUCAUUAACAUACGACAAGAUGCAGCAAAUUAAAGAUUAUUAUACGCAAGAAGAAGUGGCCGUCAGUUUCAAGAAACCAAAAUCAAAGAAGAAGAAGAAAAUGAGAAGCAAGAAUAAAGAUGAAGAUGAUUUAAAUAUUUCCACUACAAAUUCCAAUUUAACAGAAGAAACCUCAACUCAGCCUAGUUCAGUACCAAAACCUCAUACACUGGAUCCUGAUGCUAAUUUUGUAGACGACGAUGAUUUACAAGAAGCUUUAGCUCGCGCCAGAAGAAUUGCAAACAAGCAGAAGAAUAAACAAUUCAAGAGAAUGACUCCCGAAGAGAUUGCUAAGCAGCUUAAACAGGAAGCAACUGAAAUCAAAGUGGAAGACGAUGAUAAUGGAGGUCUUGUCUUAUCUGAAACAUCUGAAUUUGUCAACUCGAUUGGUAGCAAUUUUGCUCUCUUCAAUCCCAGAGAUGUAAAGAAAGAGGCUACUGAACCCGUAAUAAAGACGGAACCUGUGGAGGAAUAUGAAAUCAAUGAAACUACAGAAGGUGAUCAAGAAGCUACACAAAUGACAGAAGCAAACGAAGAUAGCGAAAUGACAGAGGCAGAAGCUCAACAAGCAACUCACGAGGCUGAAGAAGCACCUGCUGUGAAAAAAGAAUUCAAAGCCGAAGUGAUAGUUGAAGAACCACUUGUGAGCCGAGGUCUCGCUGCUACGCUCAACCUUUUGGAGCAAAAAGGUGUGAUCGCAAAGCCGACUGAGGAACAGCUCAAGCGUGAUAGAAUAGCAGCUGAACAAAUUAGAUGGCAGAACGAAAUGAGAAAGAAAGAAAGACUUCGUCAGCUUGAUGACCAAAUUGAAAAAGAACGUCGUAGAGGAAGAGGAGGCAGGGAAAAUUCUGAUCGUAUGCGGGAACUCGAACGUGAGAGAGAGAGAGAAAGAGAAAGAGAAGAACGUAGAAGAUUGAAAGAAUUUGAAUUGGCAAUGGAGAACUAUAAACCUGAAGUUAAUCUGGAAUACACAGAUGAUACUGGUCGUGUCAUGAAGACUGUAGAAGCUUUCAAAUAUAUGUCCCAUAAGUUCCAUGGCAAGACCUCAGGAAAGACAAAGACUGAAAAGAAAAUGAAGAAGAUAGAAGAAGAGCGGAAACUUAAUAUGAUGAGCAGUACUGAUACACCUCAUAACUUGGCUGGCGCAUUAUUGGAGAGACAGAAACGUACAGGUGCUGCUCAUGUCGUUCUUAGCGUUGGUAAUCGUGGUGUAGUGCCUACUUCUACACCGUUAGCUCCUCCUUCAGGCAGCAGCUCGAAGUCUUCUAAAAAGUAA